AUGAGCCAGCAGGAUGUGGUCGCCGUGCUUUCAGAACGCCUGCUUGUAGCUGCCUACAAAGGCCAAGUGGAGAAUGUGGUGCAGCUUAUCAACAGGGGUGCCAAGGUAGCAGUUACCAAGCAUGGCCGGACCCCCCUGCACCUUGCUGCCUACAAGGGUCAUCUCCACGUUGUCCAGGUUUUGUUGAAGGCAGGUUGUGAUCUGGAUAUUCAGGAUGAUGGUGACCAGACAGCAUUGCACCGGGCUGCUGUGGUAGGGAACACUGAUAUAAUAGCAACUCUGAUUCAAGAGGGCUGUGCUUUGGACAGACAAGACAAGGAUGGGAACACUGCUCUUCAUGAAGCUUGUUGGCAUGGAUUCAGUCAGUCUGCCAAAGUGCUUGUUAAAGCAGGAGCCAAUGUUCUUGCCAAGAACAAGGCAGGUAACACACCUCUUCACCUGGCUUGCCAGAAUAGCCAUUCCCAGAGUACUCGUGUUUUGUUACUUGGAGGAUCUCGAGCAGACCUCAAAAAUAAUGCAGGAGAUACCUGUCUGCAUGUGGCUGCUCGUUAUAAUCACUUGCCCAUCAUUAGGGUGCUGCUCAGUGCUUUCUGUUCUGUCCAUGAAAAGAACCAGGCAGGAGAUACUGCACUCCAUGUAGCUGCUGCCCUAAAUCACAAGAAGGUGGUGAAACUCUUGCUGGAGGCAGGGGCUGAUGCAUCCGUUGUCAACAAUGCAGGCCAGACCCCUCUAGAGGUUGCCAGACAGCACAAUAACCCUGAGGUUGCGCUCCUGCUCACUAAAGCAUCACAGGUCUCGCGUUUUAACCGUGGGAGAAGCCUGAGGAAGAAGAGAGAGAGACUGAAGGAGGAAAGGAGGGCUCAGUCAGUGCCACGGGAUGAAGUGGUACAGAGCAAGGGCAGUGUCUCAGCUGCUGAUGACACACCAAGCAGUGACCAGCCCCCAGAGAGGAAGAACAAUCUGAAGGAUAAACCCCGGUCAGCCUCACCAGAUCCCAAAGGGAAAAAGAGCAAAAAGAAAAAGCCAAAGGAAAAGGUUUCAGCACUCUCAGACCCCAUCUCCCCAGCUGAUCAGCAGACACUCCCUCAGCCCCAGAAGAACGUGCCAAAGCGCAGAAGUAAACACCACUGCUCCUCUCCACCCCCUCCCCACGAGGUCCGAGCCUACCAGCUCUACACACUCUACCGAGGAAAGGAUGGGAAGGUGAUGCAGGCACCCAUAAAUGGAUGUCGUUGUGAGCCCCUGAUAAAUAAACUGGAGAAUCAGCUGGAGGCAACAGUGGAAGAGAUAAAAGCUGAGCUUGGGACAGUACAAGAUAAAAUGAAUAUUAAGCUGGGCCAGAUGGAAAGCAAAACUCAGCAUCAACUCCGAGUUUUGGACAAGCUCAUGGCUGAGCGACUGUCGGCAGAGAGGACAGAGUGUCUUCACCGCCUGCAGCAGCACACGGAGCUGGAAAAGAAUGAGGGGGAGAAGAGGCAGAUUUCCUUGGUUGAUGAGCUGAAGACCUGGUGCUUGUUGAAGAUUCAGAAUCUGGAGCUCAAGCUUUCUGGAGAUUCCAGGUCAUCAAGACCAAAAUCAACUUUGUCCACUUGUGAGUCCUCUAUAGGUACAGAUCAACAGGUAGUGGCUGGUGGACCGGUUUCUUCCGCCCCUGCUCAAGAUGUCAGGCCAAAGGACAAAGCUGUGAGUGCCAGCACGUUCCACAGGUUCCAGCAGGACCUGCCCUCCUCCGAGCUUUCGGGCUCCAAAUUAAGACACGUUAAAGUUCAAGCUGCUUUGCAGCCAGUGACUGAACCUGCAAAGACUGAACCACAGAGCGGCUACUUCAUUGACAAAGGAACUCAGACGAAAAAGUCCAGCAAAAGUGGGCAGUUGAGGCACAAAGCUCUGCACCACGCUGGGGCACAGCAGGGCCAGGAGCUGCAGCCCUUGGCCCCACCUGCCCCUCCGCUCAGAGACACCUCCCAGGCCCUGGAGAUAACUCAGUACUUCUUCGAGGCCGUUUCCACGCAGAUGGAGAAGUGGUACGAGCGGAAGAUAGAAGAAGCCCGGUGCCAAGCGAACCAGAGAGCGCAGCAAGACAAAGCUGCACUCAAGGAGCACAUCAAAUGCUUAGAAGAGGAGCUGAGCAAAUUAAGGACUAAGGUGCAAAAAGAGAGCUAG